CAGGGCCAGCAUAUGAGCAGCGAUGAUUCUUUAGCCGGCGCCGCUGCGGCACCACCAGUCGGCCCCUACCCCGAUCCGCUUUACGAUGAUGGCAAACCUGGUAUCCAAGUCCGAGCCCUCUACGACUAUCAGGGUGUUGAAGACGAUGAACUUACCUUUGUAACGGGUACGUUUGAAUCCAUGUUCCCCCGCUCUCUGCCCCCCUGA